AGAAGACAUAAUGACGUCAAGCCUAAAUAGGAAGUGUGGCAGCACGUUUCCCCACAUGAACACACAGUACAGCUACAGUCUGAAAUGCCAAUCCGCUGAGCAGUUAGCAUGGCAGCACGCAGGCCUCAGCUUCCGAAACAUCACAGCCCUGGCCCCGAUGGUUCGUGUGGGGACCCUGCCGAUGAGGCUGCUGGCUCUGGACUACGGAGCUGAUGUGGUUUACUGUGAGGAGCUGAUAGACAUUAAAAUGGCCCAAUGUCAGAGGAUCGUGAAUGAUGUGCUGGAAACAGUGGAUUUUGUGGCUCCAGAUGAGCGCGUAAUGUUCCGGACCUGUGAGAGGGAAAAGGACAGAGUCGUCUUCCAGAUGGGAACUGCUGAUCCUGACAGAGCUUUAACAGUGGCCCAGCUUGUGUGAGUAUAACAGAACAUAUAGUGGAGAAAGCUCUGCAACAAAGCAUUUAGAUAAUAACUAUAUUAAUAUUAAUAGUAAUAAAUUAAUAUUCAUGAUGCUUAAUCAUGGAGAGCCAUAUGGAGAGACCUUUCUAGUGCUGAACCUCACCUGCAGAGCUCAACUUUAAAUAUUAUUGUUAUUUCCAUGACCUUCACUAUUCCUGGAAUUUAUUUUAACAGUUCAGGACAGCAGACUACAAGGCAGUUGGUUAAUUUAAUAUUUUUUGACAUUUAAAAUUCUUCACUACUUCUGAGCAACACAUUCAGGUGAGACAAUUGUAGAACCAGCAUCUACAAGCUUCACAUUUCUACACGAGGAAUACAUGCAAUUUGAGUGGUGAAUUUAUUCAGUUUAAGGUUUUCAUUGGCUUGAUGUCUGUCAAUUUUUUCUGUAAGUUUCUAUAGAAAGUGACAACCAACCUACUUGUAUAAUUCAAAUGUGUCAGUUGGUCAACUAAGUGAAGUCUUUAUUUUUAGUGUUGGUGACAUUUACUGGACUUUGAGUUCCUUACAUGGGCAGGAACUUUUUCUCCAGGCUUCUGUUAAAGUUUCGGGAUCAACGAAGCCUCAUAUUUGACUCUAGAAUACCUUAGAACAUUGUGUUGUCAUGAACCUUAACAUUUACCAUAAGAUGGUGUUU